CACCGUCGCCGCCGGCACGCUCAACGACGGCACCCCCGGCCCCAACUACAUGGCCAUCAUGGCCAUCGCGCUCGAGAAGCUCGCCAGCCUCGAGAGCUUCUACCAGCAGGCUGACAAUCUGAGGCAGCAAACGUUGCAUCAGAUGCGACGGAUUCUAACAACCCGACAGGCGGCUCGAUGCUUCCUCUCCAUCGGGGAGUACUACCGCCGGCUCCGAGCUCUCAGCAGUCUCUGGGCUUCCCGUCCUCGCGAGAACUUCAUUGGAACCGAGAGCCUCAGCCCAACAGGAACCGAGCUGCAAGGCAUGCAGCAGCACCACCAACCGCAACAGAAUCAGUUCUCCGGAUUUUGAGGCUUCUCCUGGAGGGUGUAACGUAGGGGUCAGUGAUGUUAGAAAGAGAGGAGAAGACAACGAGGGACUGUAAUGUUCUAUCAUUGAUUAAAGUAUUUGAGAAAGCAACAUCACUAGGGAAAAGGGAGAGGGGGCAAUUGUUGGGGUGCAAUGCUGAGUGGCUCUCACCUGUUGUUCUCAUGGCUCCUGAACUGACUGAAGAGUUAUUAGUACAUCAAAUUUUGGCUCGCA